UUUUCAACGUAUAUAUGUAUGUACGUGUGGUUUAUAAUUACCUGCAGACUUCAAGCAUUCUGUUUUUAAAACCGAAAUGAAUGAUCUUUUAGGAGCUUUUAGUCAAGCAAACUUUAUUUUACUUUUUCAGUACAAGUGUUUCUUUAUUACGUUAUUUUUGGCGUUGGUGAAAUUUUGAGCGUGGUUUGUGUAAAGGAAACGACAGCAGGGACAAUGAUCGCAUUGGUACUCAACAAGUUGGCUUUUCUAAUUUUAACUUCAUACACGUUGUCAUUUUCAGUUGAGAAAGGCAAAAAGUUUCCUUAGCACCAAAUGCAAAGGUAAAAGACGGGAGAGCAGCGACGCACCGACGCACCAACACAAGCGGCGGACGUGUAUGUAAUAACUGAAUUGAAUGAAUACGCAAUAGCAAUGGUGAUCGAGAUGAGAACAUGCACUCACCCAUUAGCUUUGCAGUGACAGAAAAAGCCUUCCAAUACAUUGUAGAUACAUUAAGACUCAAAUACGAAUAUUUGGUGGGACGUCCAUCUAAGGCGGAUUUUCGGAAAAUUCUUUUCAUUUAUUUUAGUUGCGUUUUGGAUGCCACCAUGAUCACGUGUGUGCAGGCUUUUGCUCAUUGACUGAAGAUAGCAGUUACAGUUACAUUAAGUGAAACGAGCGACACGAUACGAAACGAAAAAGGAAGCUAGGAUUUUAAGAAGACGCAGCAUCACAUCACAACCGUAAAAAAAGUUAUUUGAAAUAUUGCAAAAGCCGCUCUCUUAUGGGUAUGCGAAGUUAUAUGUAUAUGUGAGAUAUAUGUGUUAAAAAUAUGCCUCAUCUAAACACGUGUUAUUAGCUAAAUAAAUCCAUUUGUUUAUCAGCCAAUCACUAUCCAAAUGAUGAAAUACAAACUCAGCGUCGCACCAACUGAUUGCAUCCUAUUCCCAGUAUAUAAAAGUAUGCCGAGAAUUCAUGUGUAAAAAUACACGUAUACCGUAUAUGGUAAUUUUCGCAUAAAGGGAAUCAAAUUUCACACAAAAGCACAAACAACAACAGAAAAGUGGAGAGUAUAAAACAAGAGCGCGAUACGAACAUUGCCAAUAAAAAGCCAUAAAAAGAAAAGGCAAAUUAAAAUUUAAAGUGGCUCUCUGAGCGAAAAUGGCAACCGUGUAAACGAUCGCCUAGUGUGUGUUCGAAUGCGAGAGCUUUUGGAGGCAUACGGCGCCAAAUUCUUACAUCGUUUGAUAAGAGAAGCCGGUGUUUGAUCAAACAUUUGGAAAAAUGUUACCAGAGAUCCAGUUUACCGCUGUUGAUAGUAUGCAAGAGGUUGCAUCUGAUGACUUUGAUUUGUUGAAUGGUGUAAACUCUAUUUACGAAAAGGGCAUGUGCCUAGCUGUACAUCGUUUGCCCCCGAACGCGUCGCCUAUUGUUCCGUUGGACCAACAACAAAUAACAUCAACUGAAAAUGAUACCAACAGUUAUAUUGGCACUGUAGCCCCUACAACUCACUUACUCAAUGGCAUUAAAAUCGAAGAUGCAAGUUCUACUGAUUUAUUCCCAACACAUCCCACCACAUGGCAACAACACCCAAUGAAUAGUCACGAGCACGCACAUCAUCGAUUGCAAAACCAUCAACAUAACAAGCACCGAAACCAUAAUCGGCACCAAAAUCGGUUAAACUCUUUCACUAGCAAAUUAUUGCUACAAAACUCUGACGAUCCUUUAAUAUGUCGCGGUGCCAACAGUGUUGUAACUGCUGACGAUGAUCAACCACUAAUAAUUGCCAAUUCCCAAAAUGCGGGCAAUCGUCAAAAUAAUCAAAUAAAGGGCAUUCAAGGUAACAACUCCAUGUCUGUUUCGUCAACAGCGAGCUUACAAAUACUGUCUUCCGGCGCAACGUUUUCACAGCUGCCGAAAAAGGUGCCCCAAAAUGGGUGUAGCUCGUUGACCAAGCAACAACUUAAAGUUAAGGCCAAUCUAAUGAGUGCUCAAAAUCGCGCUGCCAUCGAGCUAAAGAAAAGCAGCCAACAAACCGGUAGCGUGGCUGGCGUUAUGCAUUAUAAAGCGGAUGACACAAAGCUUUCUAAAAAGAAAGGGGUUUUAAAACUGCGCUUCCAUCACCAAGCUUUACCACCCGAGUAUCUUAGCCACUAUGAAGCUACACAGGGACAGUUUUCCCAGCACGUUAAAGAUUCAAAGCUGAAACCGGCAGAGCUACAUCCGAAAAUCAAAGUUUUCCACCCCUCUAAAUUACCACCAGCGAAGAGUACACACGAAAAUGUUCGUAGUUGGUUGCAAAAGAUUGCUGCGAUCCAUCGAUCGGCGCAACAGUCAGACAGCAAGCCGCGCGAGGAAAUAGUUGAUCAGGAGCAAAAGAAACUAAAGCCUCCUACUAUAAAAGCUCUAAACGACACCAACAACAAUUAUCAGGUCAGCCGGAUACAGACAACCAAUGAAUCGGUAAUGAAAAAUGGGCUACAAGCCUUAGCAAAGCAUACUUACAAUUCUGAAAAAUCUGAACCGAUUAAAUCCUCCAGUGAUAACAUUGUUCCAAACCCUAUGGCCCAGCAAGUACCUUCAGCUUUAGUUUUACCGAAUAAAACAGCUACCGGUGCUGUGAAUUCAGCUGCCAUCAAAAAAGUUAUGAACUAUGCUGACUUACCUUAUAUGGGUGAAAUGACACUUGACCAUUCGAAGCCUCGGCGUGGUCGAAAGCCUAAAAAAGCUGACAUCUGUCACCUUAUAUACAAAAAUUACGGUACCAUAUUCCCUGGUACACCUAAGAACGCAUUAACAGCACAGAACGCGACAUUAGAAAUGGAUGAAGGACAACUGAGUUCCCGCAUUUCUAACGAUUUGCCGUUGAAUCUGUGCCUGCGAGAUCAACCAUGUGACCACUUGUCAAUAUCAAGUGAAGAAAGUGAAAAUAUUAUCUGCCCUUUGAGUAGCAACUCAACCAGUAAAGUAGAAAUCGAAGGGAUGAAUUCAUCUAACAUAGGAUUAGAAACUAUUUUAGAUUCUAAAUUUAAUCACGUUAAAAUCGAACCUGACGAGGAAAAUGGUAACUCAACACAUAUAACGUCCUCUUUGUCAAUCAAAAACUCGCCCAAAGCAGCCGAACUUAAUUCGAAUAAUGUACUGCUACAUCCUGUAAAUUUGUAUUACCAAAAACUCCUUUCUGGAACCUUGGUGAACGAACAUAGUCAGCCCUUUGGUCUACCUGUCGAGACUAUAGAAAAGGACAAUCAAUUCACGCUUAAGAUACCCAUACCGAAUGGUUUGCUGCGAACGCCCAAGUCAGAGAAGGUCUCUCCGCUCCCCAAUGUGGACAGUCAAGCGAACGAUUAUCCAGAUCUCAUUUCCACCCCGUCAUCGAUUAAAUCGGAUAACUCAAACAUGACCACAAACACAUCAGUGAGCGCUGCAACUACUACCACAACAAGAACACCUACUCACCAACAAAUCACGCCGCAGAAGCGUAAACGAUCUGCAAUUUUUAUACCACCCAUUCCGGCUGAAAAUACAACAAAUCCUGCCACCGAAGUGAGUAUAUGCAAAUUCAAAUUUACGGGCGGAGCGAAGCCAUCUUUACAGGAGAAGAAAAUGCUCUCUGUAGAUUCUGGCGGUAACUACCGAUACUACAGCGGAACGGGAGAUAAAUCGACUCGUGGUUAUGAAUUUUUUCCUCGUGAAAGUCUACAGAAUUCUGCUGGUUUCCUGCCGGGAGUAAAUUGUGCGGCGACAUUUCCCAACACUGCUAACGAAUGCUUAACAAGCGACAUACCUCCACCAUCAGCAGAGCUUAGCAAUGAAAUUCUACAAAUUCCUGAGUCGCCAACAGGAACAUUGAUAUUACCUGGCUCUGUAGCACUGCAAGAGCCCUCAUCACCAUCGCCGCUGUCCAGAUCAACGCCAUCGUUUUCUGGUUCGCCAGCUUUGCUCACACAACAGCAAACACAGAACCCUCAAACAAUAUUAAGUUUAAACUCAAAAAACGAUAUGUCCACGCGGAGACUAUCUUCCACAAUAAUUCUGGCAAGAGACCAAUUUUCCAAUGACGUAUAUACAUCGCGAAAUUCAUAUAACUCGUUGCAAUCAAAAAAGAAAUCGCGACGAUCAUCGCAGCGUGAAAAACUAGAGAAAACAUUCAAGGAAAGGGGAUUUCUUAUCCAAACACAGCAACUUGAAUCUGCCGAAGGGGCCACUUAUUGCAAGUUUCGGCAGCUGAAGAAGUUCACACGCUAUUUAUUCCGCAAUUGGAAGGAUUACCUGCCGGAGGAGGUUCAUCAAGCAAACACGGCGGAGCAAGUAGUAGUGUUACACCACCCGAACACGGAGAGCGAUAUGAAGAAGGAGGUGGAUGCAGUGGACAACUUUACUGAGCAACUAGCUGUUGAGAGUUUACUCGAGCGUCAUGGAUUUUUGGUCACUAGUGGGGAAUGCCCUCAAAACACCGGUCGACCGAGUACAGCUAGUAGUAUGAUGGAGAAUAUUCUGCCCGAGCAGCACACAGCGGAUAAUACCGUAUAAUACCGUUAAGACACAGUUGAAUCAAAAGAUAAAAUGCAUUAAUUUUUAAAUGACUGAACAAAAUAUUUUUUGUUUAAUAAUGAUAUUUCAAACAAAUAAUUAACACUGCCAAAGAAUGAUUAGAAUUUAAGUAUACUUAUGUAAAUCAUUUAAAAGUAAUUUAUUUUAUACAUAUUUGUUAUUUCGUUACUUAUUUCACCGUGAAAAUAUAUGUAUAUAUUUGUAAUAUGGAAAAUUUAUAAUACUAAUCUAGUCAAUGAAAUGCUUUAAUAUCCGUUUGGGCCACUAUGAAAGUAAACAAUUCAUUUUUAUCUUUUGAAGGAGGAACUUUAAGCACGAAUAAUUCGGGUUCGAGUGCUUACCUAAAUUUUACAAAAUAUUCUGAAUUCAUGGUUGACUUUUAUUUUUCACAAUAAUAAACAUAAAAACUAAAAUGAAAUGCAUUUAUUGGAAAUAAAUUGCUUAAACAGCUUUUUUGGUACAAUUUCUCUUAAUUCAGGAUUUAUUAGUAGAGACAAGACAGUAACCGAAUAACGGAUUUUUCUUUGUGCAUAUAAAUGUUGCAGAAAAGCACUCAUACGUCAUCAAAAUCAGGCUCUCUAAAAAUCGCUUCUGAUUGCUGUUGGAGGUUAUGUGAAUUCAACAAAUAGGAUUUUAUGAGCAUAGGUUAGGUACGUUGCAAAAUAGAAACCAUGUGAUAAAUAAUGUACUGAAUUUUGGAAUUUAGGAAUAAAUAUUUAUUAUUUUUAAUAAUGAUAGCA